ACAAUUUCUUCAAAUAGCUGAGGUUUUCUUAGAUGUAAACUUUAUUAACCUUGUAAAUUAUGUUUUUAAACGAAUGAUCUUAUCAUUGAGCUCCUUCAAAAGGUCUUAUUCAUUAUGCCCUGAGGAUUCUACCAAUUUUGAGGGAGCUUCCUGGAGUUUAACAAGGAGAUGGAACAAAGACCUACGACUUCUGAUACUUAUCUUAUGGAUAGGUUAUUUGUAAGAGCCUUUUCAGAGUACUGGAAGCUGUUGUUUGAUGACGGUGAUUUGAGUCAGUACAAGACAAUUGAACCUGAAUUACAGGAUGUUUAUACUAUAGGAAUACACUACAAGGCUUCUCAUACUGGUUUUUAUAAUAAGGAUGAUGCACAUUCCAUAUACCCCAAAGACAUAGAACAUGUAAGAGAAAAGGAUACUUUCCAUAACAGUCUUUUAACUAAAAUCGAAGAUGAAAGAUUUAAGAAGUUACGAAUAACAGCAGAAUUGCAAGAAGCAUUUGAAUUGCUUGCAAUUUGUUGUGAAUCACUCAAUUUGAUAUCACCAAACGAAUUGAUUGAUGAUAUACAUACGGAAAAUAUAAAGUACUUGAUGUUACCGUAUCUUAUCUCACAUGUUUUAAUGGAAAAACCGGAUAUAAACAAUAGAUUCUUUGUUCUCAGACGUGUACAGGUUUAUCUAAAUCAGUUUAUAAACAAGUUUUCGAGACUAGAAAUAGCAGGUAGCAAGGGAUCAAACACAGAGUAUACUGAAAAAAGGCAGUAUGGAACUGGAACAGAACGAAGCGAAAAAAUACAAAGAGCCAUAUACGAAAGGGAUUUGCUGAAAUCAAUUAAAACUAUACUUGCAUCCUUUUCUUCUGUAGAUGAAUUUUUUGAAAAUGCAACAUCGCAUAUCACGGACAAGGAAGAAACUGUUAGAGCUAUUUUGAUCGAUUUUUUAAAACUAUUUCAUCUAUAUUCUAUAAAUCAUCUUGAAUCAAUAAAAAUGGAACUCCCAUUUACGGAAAUGAGAGAAAAAAAUAAAAUCACGCCACAUACACACGAAACUGAGGAUAAUAAAACUAAGCCAUGGUUCUUACACAUUGAUGCUAACUCCAAAAUUGAUCCUUCAGUGAUACAAAUUUUAUACAAACACAUGGUUUUUCUGCCAGGACACAACCUUCCUACUAUAUCCUUGGAUGAGUGUGCACGCAUAGAAAUGGAAAUGGAUGUAAAAACAAUUGGGAAGGAUGAAGUAUGCAUCAAGAGAAAAGAAAGCGGGGAGUCUCUGAUUGACAAAGCGGAAGUGAAUGACUCCGAUGAUGAGAGUGUGUGUACUGAAGAUGAAGCUAAGUGGAGUGAUUGGAAAGAUGAUCACCCAAAAGGAAGCGGAAAUAAGCUAGCGAACAUUGGUUGA